AAUUGGGCCAGUUUUCCAUGUCGAACGGGAUCGCUUCCAGGCACCGUCGACGUUGUAUCCAGCGCUCGAGAGAGGGGAAGAUUUUUUCGGUUGGGUAUUUUUUGGCUCGAAAUUUGUUCUUCUUUCACAGAAUAGAAUUGAAAAGGAUGUGACAUGAGGCGACAACUAAACUAUAAUGAAAUGCCAGUUUGAGAUUUUUUGCAUUGUUCUAUUCCAGAUUUUAGGAUGUUACUGUAACCCGGAUGCCAAACGCCUCUACGAUGAUUUGUUAUCGAACUAUAAUAAAUUGGUGCGACCAGUGGUCAACGUUACGGACGCCCUUUCGGUCAAAAUCAAGCUCAAGCUGUCGCAACUUAUCGACGUCAACCUCAAAAAUCAAAUUAUGACGACAAAUGUAUGGGUUGAACAGUCAUGGUACGAUUAUAAAUUGACUUGGAAUCCAAAAGAGUAUGGUGGUGUUGAUAUGCUCCACGUACCAUCGGACCAUAUAUGGAGACCUGAUAUAGUUUUAUACAAUAAUGCUGAUGGCAAUUUCGAAGUAACUCUGGCUACCAAGGCCACCCUGAACUUCACCGGAAGAGUCGAAUGGCGGCCGCCGGCCAUUUACAAGUCCUCCUGCGAAAUAGAUGUAGAAUAUUUUCCGUUCGACGAGCAAACUUGCGUUAUGAAGUUUGGUUCUUGGACGUACGACGGCUUUCAAGUUGAUUUACGACACGUCGACGAACUGAAAGGAUCCAAAACGGUCGAAAUAGGAAUUGAUUUAACUGAAUUUUAUACCUCCGUCGAGUGGGAUAUCCUCGAAGUUCCUGCUGUUAGAAACGAAAAGUUUUAUACAUGCUGUGAUGAACCCUACCUUGAUAUCACCUUCAAUAUAACGAUGAGACGAAAAACGCUAUUUUAUACGGUCAAUCUAAUUAUUCCUUGCAUGGGAAUAUCGUUUCUUACCGUUCUCGUUUUUUAUUUACCCUCUGACAGUGGAGAAAAGGUUAGCUUGUCAAUAUCCAUUCUGCUGUCUUUGACUGUGUUCUUCCUCUUAUUGGCAGAAAUUAUUCCACCUACGUCUCUGGUUGUGCCUUUGCUGGGAAAAUUUGUCCUUUUUACGAUGAUUUUAGAUACAUUUAGUAUAUGUGUCACGGUGGUUGUGCUCAAUGUACAUUUUCGGUCACCCCAAACUCACGUCAUGGCGCCAUGGGUGCGCAGAGUCUUCAUCCAUGUUCUUCCUCGACUUUUGGUCAUGCGCCGUCCUCAUUAUAUGUUAAAUCGAAAAAGUUUUAACCCAAAUCAGAGAAUAUUGGUACGCACUUGUAAAGGAUUAGAAUUAAGAGAAGCUGGUGCUCAUGCUGAUUCCGGCAUUUUGGAUGAAAAUUCUGAAGAAACUAUGCCAAAUGCCAAUUCAAGAGAACAACUAGCUCCAAGGGAACUAGAAGUUGGAGAGCUCUCAAGCUGUCAAGUUCACGGGUCGGCUACGGAGUUUUCAGUAUAUGAUGAAUACGGUUCAUUCAAUGACCAAUUGGCUACAGACUUAUUAAUGUGGCACCAUUGCCCGGAAGUUCAUAAGGCUAUAGACGGCAUAAGAUUCAUAGCUGAUCAUACUCGAAAAGAGCAAGACUCUACUAAAGUAAAAGAAGAUUGGAAAUACGUCGCCAUGGUUCUGGAUCGACUUUUCCUCUGGAUCUUCACGCUGGCAGUAUUCGUCGGCACGGCGGGCAUAAUUUUGCAGGCGCCCACCCUGUACGAUGACCGUAAGCCCAUCGACGUUCGCAUAUCCGAAAUCGCCACGACGGCAAAACCAUUCAUUUCCACUACUAUCUAAGACAAUUUCCAGAUAACUUUAGGAUGAAUAGUUCUUCUAGGACAGGUCCUCGGCUGUAAAUCGUUUAUUAUACAAAAAAAAUAAAAACGUUUUGUCUCGGUUUUGUUUCAU